AUGACCUAUACCAAUUUUACAACUGUAAAGGAUUUCCGCAUCAUUGGAUUCCCUGGACUUCAGCCGGAGCACUAUGGACCAGUAUCAGCCCUUCUUCUCCUCACGUUCUUAUCCAUUGUUUUUGGCAAUGUCUUCAUUUUAGCUUUUGUUGCCUAUGAAAGAUGUCUUCAUAAACCAACAUACCUCAUUUUUUGUCAUCUAGCUUUGACAGACAUAGCCUUUGGGUUUGUAACUCUGCCGAAGAUAAUUGCCCGAUAUUGGUGGGAUGACAAGGUUGUUUCAUUUGGCGCCUGCUUCACUCAGAUGUAUUUUGUACAUUGCCUAGGAGCUAUUCAUGCUCUCAUUCUGCUGAUCAUGGCUGUGGACCGUUUUAUUGCGAUAUGUAUUCCUUUGCGUUAUCCAGUUUUGAUUAGAAAUAACAAUAUUUCGUUUAUUUGUGGGGUGUGCUGGAUUUUCACAUUCAUCAGAAUGCUUGUGGUUCUAUUUCAAGCUCUCAGCCUGCCGUACUGUAAUUCAAACAUCAUUGCACAGUGCUAUUGUGAUCGCAUCUCCAUAGUCCGACUGGCGUGCAAAAAGGACCAAUAUAUUGAAGAUUUGGCAUUUGGUUUUGCAAUGUUCAGUCUGUCGGUUCCUCUUGGAUUCAUAAUUUUUUCAUAUUUUGCAAUUAUCAUAUCCGUUCUGAAGACUUCUAGAACAAAUGGGCGCAGUAAAACUAUGUCCACGUGUACCCCGCAGAUCUUCAUAACGAGCCUCUAUUUCCUCCCAAGAUGUUUUGUUUACCUGGCAUACUUUCUGGGUUUUAAAUUUCCAAAUGCAGAUAUUCGUAUUGCCGUCAUAAUGUUAUACAGUCUUCUUCCCGCUGUGGUUAAUCCUCUCAUAUAUUGUUUUAAGACCAAGGAUAUCAAAGAAAUAUUGCUGAAAAAACUGAAAAGUGUUAAAAUUGGAAUUGAGAUUAAACUCAACUACUGA